AUGAGUGCUAUUUAUAAGCUAUCUAUUCAAGGUAUUAGAUCCUUCGAUUCCAAUGACAGGGAAACCAUCGAGUUCGGGAAGCCACUGACGUUGAUCGUAGGUAUGAAUGGUUCUGGUAAGACCACAAUUAUUGAAUGUCUUAAAUAUGCUACUACAGGGGAUUUGCCUCCCAAUAGCAAGGGCGGUGUCUUUGUUCACGAUCCCAAGAUUACAGGUGAAAGAGAUGUCAGAGCUCAAGUGAAACUGGCGUUUACAAGCGCCAAUGGUAUUACAAUGAUCGUUACCAGAAAUAUUCAACUUUUAGCCAAGAAAACCACCAACACUUUUAAGACUUUAGAGGGUCAAUUAGCUGCAAUCAACCAGAAUGGGGAUAGAUCUACUUUGAGCACAAGAUCAGUGGAAUUAGACACCCAAGUCCCAUUAUAUUUAGGUGUUCCUAAGGCAAUUCUUGAAUAUGUUAUUUUUUGCCAUCAGGAAGAUAGUUUAUGGCCGUUAAGUGAACCUUCCAAUUUGAAAAAAAAUUUGAAUGAAAUCUUUCAAGCAAUGAAGUUCACUAAAGCAAUUGAUAACUUGAAAAAUAUCAAGAAAGAAAUGGCUAUUGAUAUUAAAUUACUGAAGCAAUCUGUAGAGCACUUAAAAGUUGAUAGAGAUAGAUCUAAAAGCACAAAGAUGACCAUCGUCCAAUUACAAGGUCAAGUUGAUGAAUAUCAAGGAAAAGUAACCGAUAUUGAAAAAGAAUUGAAGAAAAUUACUGAACAAUCUGAUAAAUUAUUUAAAUCUAAUCAAGAGUUUCAAAAGGUUUUGUCGAAAGUCCAAAACUUGAAGCUACUAGAAACGCACUAUAGAGAAGAAAUUGACAAUCUAUCAACCUCAAUAGAAUUACUAUCAUCAUCAAAACAAUCCUUACAAGAAUUGUUAUCGAACUUUUCCACAUCAUUACAAGAAAAGGAAAACGAAGUGCUACAGACAGAAAAUAAGAUUACUACAUUGAAAAAUAAAGCAAACGUUCAGCAAUCUGAAUUAACGAAGUUAAUAAGGAGACAAGGUGAAUUACAAGCGGGUAAAGAAUCAUAUGAAAAGAAUACUAACACAUUACAAACAAUGGCAAAGGAAUUUUCUAGUCGCUAUAAAAUAAACUUCUCUGAUACUGACUCGAUGGAUAGUUUUAUCAAACUCUCUUCAGAUUUCGUUAGCAGUUUAUCAGUAAGUUUACUUUCAUAUGAAAGUGAAGCAACGAAAGCAAUCAGAAAAGCUGAGACUAGGUCCAAUGAAGCAACGAAAUCAGAAACGAUUCAAAGACAAAGACUAGAAUAUAGUAGAAAGGAUCUGGAAAAAUUAAAUACUGAGAUUGAAAAGUUAACCAGUGAAUUUAAAAAUAAUGAAUAUACUAAGGAAGAUCUUGAAAUGGAGAGGAAGAAAUUAGAAGACUAUCAUGAAAAGGUUAGAGAUUGGGAAAAGACUGAUGUAAUAACCGAACUUAAUUCUAAACUCAAACAGAAAAAUGACCAAAUGAUCAUCUCUGAAAAUGAACUUGAACAAAUUCAAGAAAAGAUCAUGAAGACUAAUCAACAAGCUGAUUUGUUUGCCAAAUUAGGAAUCAUGAAGAAAUCUUUGUAUGAGAAAACUGAAGCCUUAAAUGAAUUGAUUGAGAAAUUUAAUGAUGACCCUAAGAGUAAAGAAUGGGGACUAUCGGCUAAUUCCGAUAUUGAUAUUGAUUUUAAGAAAUAUUUUAUUAACAUGCAGAAACAAAUCGCACUGAAUAAUAAAGAUAUUCAUAGUAGUAAUAAGGAAUAUACGGAAUCUAGUAUUCGGUUAUCCAAUACGCAGAGAGAAUUGAAGAAACUUAAGAGUACAGAGGAAGAAAUCACCAAGAGACUCGAAGAAUCCCUACCGGAGGACUGUCCCAUCGAUGAAUAUAAUGAUGUCGUUGUCGAAGCAGAGUUGUCCUAUAAGACCGCUUUAGAGAAUUUGAAGAUGCAUCAAACCACGUUAGAUUUCAACAGAAAAGCAUUAGAGAUUGCCGACAGAGAUAAUUGUUGUUAUUUAUGUGCUAGAAAAUUCGAAACAGAUGAUUUCAGGGGUAAAAUAUUACAACAAUUAAGGGCUAAGACGGAUGCUAAUUUUGAAAACACUUUGAAAGAAACAGUAAAGGAAGAGAAAGAAUAUUUAGAUGGUUUAAGAGCAUUGGAACGAGAUUUCUUGUCAUUGACGACUUGUAAAGAUGAUUAUAAGAGUUUAACAUCGCGUGUUGAUGAAUAUGAAAAAGAUGUCUCGCGAUUGAAAAAUAAAUUUGAUGAAUUUGAAUUGAAAGGUGAGAAUUUAAAAAGCGAUAGGGAUUAUGCUGAAAGGAUUUUACGUGCAAUUUGUGAAGAAAUCGUUUAUUUAAGGAAAGAAGUGAAAUCUUUGGAAAAGAAUGUUCAAGAUGUUGCAGAAGAAUUAAGGAUAUAUGGGGACUCAGAUGGUGGGGUACAAACAGUGGAAGAAUUAAGCCAUCAACAACAAGAGAAGAAUGCAUUGUUACGUCAACUAAGAAAAGAUGUUCAAGAUUUACAAAAUGAGAGAGAGUCAAAAACAAGGGAACAUUCUGCAUUGCUUACAGUGAUUAAAGAAAGAAACUUGAAAGUAAAUGAAAUUGAGAGGGGAUUGCAAAGAAGUGAAAAUAUUAAAAAGGAUAUUAUUGCGAAAGAACAUGAAGUUGAUACACUUGGUGUUAGAAUCCAAAAUCUGGAAGAAGAAAUCAAUGUACUAUUAGGUGAAAAAGAAAUAGCUGCAAAAUUAUUGAAUGAAACAAGGCUAGAAUAUAAUGAGGAAAUUGAAUCCCAAAGGGGUAAUAUUGAUAAUAUCAAGAGAUAUUUGGAUCGUUUCAAUGACCUAAAAUCUGAUGUGGAUACAUUCUCUACACAAGGUUUUGCUGAAUUGGAAGACUGUACUGUUAAACUUGCAAAAGUUCAAGAGGAUUUAGAAGUUGCCGGCAAAAAUAUCGAAGAGACACAGGAUGAGUUGAACUUACAUAGAGAAAAAUUGAAAGAUUCUAAUAAUGAGAAGAAAAAUCUUGAGCAAAAUUUAAGGCUGAUUGAAUUACAAGAACGUUUAAAGGAAACAGAGGUUGAAGUUUCAGGGUUAAAUAUUCAAAAUGCUGAAGCUGAAAGAGAUAAAUAUCAACAAGAAUCAUCACGCUUAAGAAAUCUGUUUGAAAGAUUAAGUGCAGAGAAUGCCGGUAAGAUGGGUGAAGUUAAACAAUUACAAAGCCAAAUUGAAGGAUUAAAACACCAACUACGUUCUGAUUAUAAAGAUAUUGAUGAUAAAUAUCAUAAGAAUUGGGUUGAAUUACAAACAAGGACGUUUGUAACUGAUGAUAUAGAAACAUAUUCUAAAGCUCUUGAUAGUGCUAUUAUGAGAUACCAUGGUUUGAAGAUGCAAGAUAUCAAUAGAAUCAUUGAUGAGCUAUGGAAGAGAACAUAUACAGGUACAGAUAUUGAUACUAUUAAGAUACGAUCUGAUGAGGUCACGAGUGGCGUUAGAGGUAAAUCAUAUAAUUAUCGUGUUGUUAUGUAUAAGCAGGAUGCAGAAUUAGAUAUGAGGGGUAGAUGUUCAGCAGGUCAAAAGGUUUUAGCAUCAAUAAUUAUUAGAUUAGCGUUAUCUGAAACAUUUGGUACGAACUGUGGUGUUAUUGCGUUAGAUGAACCAACAACUAAUUUGGAUGAAGAGAAUAUUGAAAGUUUAGCUAAGGCACUAAACAAUAUAAUUGGGCUAAGAAGACAUCAAAAGAAUUUCCAGUUAAUUGUUAUUACGCAUGAUGAGAAGUUUUUGAAUCAUAUGAACGCGUCUCAAUUUACAGAUCAUUUCUUUAGAAUAAAACGUGACGAUAGACAAAAAUCACAAAUUGAAUGGGUUGAUAUAAGUAAAGUUUCCGAGUAA